AUGAGUGCGAGUGGGCUCCGUAAUCGAGAUACGUCACCAGUACAUACGCAUGGCAUCGAUCAACCAUCUAUGAAACGAAACAAUUCUGCUUUGCUAAGCGUUCCAUACGCAAGUGACUCGAUGGGUUCAGAUUCGAGAUUGGGCGCGGGACCGAUUAUGACCGCGACUAAGUCUCUAACGAUGAGGAUUCUGCACGAAAAGGAUAUACCUAAAUCCGGCACCGGCACAGAAGCGAACUCUAAGGGAGAAAACGAGAACAUCGCCUCUUCCCUUGGUCAACUAGGCAAAUCAUACGGAUCAAAGAGUCUCAGUGUUCUUGAUGCGCUCAGCGGUUUUGAGGCCACCAAGGAAGGGCUACGAGCAGACAGGCAACCUAACCCAAGUACCGAAAAGGCCCAGCUCGAUGACACAGUGAGCAUUGAGGAGGCCAUCGAAAUCCCACAGCCUUUUGAUAAAUAUGGCGAGCAAGACCUCAAAGAAUCUGCACAUAGCCAUACAGAGACAUCUCUGACGCUCUCGAAUCCAUCGAAUGCUGUGGCUGACCACAAAAGCAGAGUAUCUUGUGAUACACAGCUGGAGCACAUGCAAAGCGAAGUUCUCAAGAUAGGGUGGAUCGCAUACAACGAUCAAGUACUCAUGCUCUUCGUUACUGCAGCACUCUUCAGUCUCGAGUUCAGUCUGUAUGGGGUUCAAGGAUAUUCCUGGGGAAGGGUUGUUGUCGCUUUGCCAUCCACUGUGAUUAUGGUUGCCGUGGGACUAGCGACCCUGAGAAGAUACAGAACGCAACAACUAUUCGCGGAUAGAAAAGAAGCGGAAGAAAGCUUUCUUGCUAGUGCUCUGCGGUCAGGCAAGAGACACCCAAUGUCCACCAAAGGUUCACUUGUGGGCAACGUUAUCCACUUGGAGCUGGGGGAUAUAAUUUGUGCAGGCGCGACACGCGUCCAGGGCCACGAAAUCCUACACAAGGAAUCCGAGGCCACUGACAAGCUUGGUCUACCUCACAGGCAAUACGAUUUCAGCUCUCCACAACGAUACGGCAUGCGCACUCUGAAAUGCUUUAUUGCAAUCAUCAUAUCCAGUCUGCGAUGGGUCUGUAGUUGCCCUUGGCUACAUCACGCUCUACAAGAUUCGCUUAGGUCUUCGUCCGCGUCUGGAGGGUUCAGGUCUUUCAGGUUCGUCUUGAUCGCUGCAACCCUCAGUCCCAUUGUUGCCGCGCAGAGUCCAAAUGCCGACCUUCACCCAACAUGGAAGCAGCGAAGCCUAAGUAUUCUCGAAGAGAUUUUAGUGUUGUGUACCACUCUUGUCGCUCCUGUUAUCAUACUCGCAAUAUGUUUCCUCAUCGCUAAAUGGUUUCGACACUCCAAGAAGGAGAAAUCGGCCUCCCUUGGCAUGCUAUGCAUAGCAGCAGUACUCCAAUCAAUCCGCACGCGAUCAGACGGUGAUGGCACGAACAGCGCAGCAUUUGUACAUAUGGCGACUGGCUUCGGAUACAUCAUGUUUAUGGUCGCUUACUGCGAGCUCGUGAUGCUUCGAAACGGUGGAGGGAAGCUGUUCUGCUUCGUUGCAUCAGCUAUCAGCGUGCUUGCUACGCUUGUUCUUAUGGCCUUCGCACCAACGCGAACUUAUUGGCUGGACCGCACCAAGACGGACCCAUUCUUCGCACUUUCUAUAGCCAUUCCAAUCAGCUUCUAUUUGUGUGACCUGACGAUCCAUAUAACGAAACGACUGGACGAGUACGAGAGGCGUGGCAACGAUUCAGUCGCCAAUAUACCACCUGGAAACAACAUGCCUCAGGGAUGGCGGACGGGCGGUUUGCCGUAUUUCGAUAUGGCUGGGCUUAGAUCUCGGAGUAUCUUCAAUGGGUCUUAUGACAGCGAUCCCUGCGAAGUCGAGCUCGGAUAUCUGGAAUCGGGUCAGCCUCCACCAGCAUCUAUCGAACCAGCCAUUAUUGGCAACCUACUUGCAUCAGCAAAACGUCUCUUCCGUAAGGUUGAUUAG